AUCUAUCUCCUACCUUAUACUGUACAUGCUCCUUUGACUUGACCUGACUUGACCUUCCUCAACCGAUUUCCUCUUCGAGCUUCGCCAAUUGCCAUUCCUACAAUAGUUUCCUUGUUGCUUCUUGACAGCUCGCCACCAGCUUUUCUUCUUCUUUGACUUAUCCUCUAUCCGUGAACAUCAGAUAACCUUCGUUUCUUGGCUUCCGCUCAAGCUUUGCCACCUUCGAUCUAUCCACGCGAUCAUUCUUAACGUUCAGCAUCGGCGCCUUCACCUACACAACAGCUCGCUCCUUGUUCUCGUGUUACGAAAAAAGAUCCAAACCGCCGCCUUGGAACCCUGUGCGACUUCUACCUUGAUAUUCAGUCUGUGACUGCAGCUUUUACGCCCUCUACCUAUCACGGGGCCCACGGAUCGAGCCUGGGUUUCAACACAAGCCUUUUGUGCGUCCAUCUUCCAAGCCACAGUCGGCAAAACGAUUGCACGAAAGCGAUCAUCUUAUUCUCCUCAAGGAUUGCUUCUCAACGUCACACCGGAGCAUGACUGUACCUUGAUCCACUCUCCAAGUUUCACUUGACAUUUCCGCGUCAUAACCUUGGAGAUACAAAGCCAGGAACAAAGAACAAAGGUCAAGAAACUGCCACCCUCAGCUGCGGCGGCGGCUCGGGAGCUUGCUGGAGGGGAGGCAAUUGUCCUCGUCGUUGCGAUUCCGCUGACUUCUAGCAACACCGCUUUUUGCCAAAACUGGAACCAUGAGGCGAGGUCGUUCCCCAAGCUCGCCAUCGCCUUAUAGGGCUUUGGCUCAUCAUCAGCAGGCCUCGGCUGCUGCGACAUCUUCAGACUCGAUUUCACUGAUUCGGUCUUUCAAUGUCGAAACAAAUCCAACACGGCCAGUGCGGCCUUCGCCGCUCACAGCAUCGCUUAUCCGAGACAUGCCGCUAGAUCUGGUUGACCGCAUCAGGUCCUUCCCUCUCUUUAUGUCAGCUCCGGAAGAGUUUCUUGUUGCUAUAGGAAAUCACCUGAAGCCUCAAAUCCAAAGCCCUAAUGACCAUAUCGUGACGGAAGGAGACGAAGCCAAGGCAAUGUAUUGGUUGGUUCGAGGAGUAGUUGCUGUCACUUCGCGUGAUGGCGAGGCGGUCUAUGCUGAGCUCAAUCCCGGAUCGUUCUUUGGAGAAAUCGGUGUUUUGAUGCAGAUGCCUCGAACAGCUACUAUUGUAGCGCGCACAAAGUGUCUGUUGCUAGUGCUGAAGAAAGAGGAUUUACAUGCCGUGAUACCCAAAUUCCCGGAAAUGGAAAAGGCGAUCCGAGAAGAGGCACAGGAACGCUUGAACCUUCUGAAAAAGAAGCGGCAAGAAAGUGGAAGAUUGGUCAAAUCUCCCCAGGCAGACUUCAGCGCUCGAGAAGCCGCCCCUGGAGAGGUCUCUACUGGAGAAAGGGGCGCUAUCAAGGACGGCGCGGUCGUCAACAACAAGAAAAGAAAGUCCCCAAGCCCUGGAAUCAUGGAAGACCCAGCUGCUGGUAGUGCGAUUGGAAGCGGUCAAAUCAAUAUUCGAACAACACUUAAGGAGUUACCGCUCUUCUCUACACUUCCUGCAGAUAUUCUGCAUUUUCUGGGAUUGAGUGUCCAGCCAAAAUCCUAUACCCCAUUUACAGAUAUCGUUCGCCAAGGCUUACCGGGAAACGAAAUAUUCUUCAUUGUUCGUGGCGAGGCAGAGGUUAUUCACGACGAGCCAGUUUACGAUGAUAACAUUCAGAAUAAGGCCAAGGCCAUCCCGAAGCGACCUCGAUUGAAGGCGGGCCAAUAUUUCGGCGAAGUUGCAAGUCUCGGACUGUCGCGAGGUCGAACAGCCACUGUAAGAUCUAUCACUUCUGUGGAGUGCAUCAUGAUUACAGGCGAUGUCCUAGACGAGUUCUGGAGACGCUGCCCUUCAGAUAUCCUGACACAGGUCAAAGAAACUGCACGAUUACGAUAUCAGAAACAGAGCGACGACGUUGUCAUGGUUGAUGUUGAUGUUAAGGAAAAAGCCAACAAAUCUGACCCGCCCACGCCCACAACACCAACACGAGCGUCCCUACCUGACCUCACCUUUACUACCCCGUCCAAGCCUGGGUCUCCCGCGAAAGAUGAUACAAGCAACAUAGCACCCAAGGACCCCGAUCCGUUCUUAAGUGUGAACAUGGAGAAUAUUCGAAACCGAAGACGGCAUUCGUUGGCACCUCCAAUGCCUCCAACAGAUAGCUCUACGCCAACGACCAACGGUGCGAGGUCUCGCCUCUCAGAAGUAACUCCUAUCAAGUUUGCGUUUUCUGAUGCUUCAGCUGACGACGAUGACGUCCCGGCAAAGCGAGUACGGACGACUCUGCCUACCCGACCAAUCACUAUGAGCAAACCAGUGCUCUCAGACGAGAUCCUGAUUUACAUCUUCAAGCACGUGGAUAUAGGAGAGCUGUUUCGACUACGCCUUGUUAGCACACACUGGCGUAAGCUCUUGACUACAUCCCCCAAAGUUUGCCAAGAUGUCGACCUCUCGAUUUACAACCGCAAGGUUACUGACGAAGUCCUGAUCAAGGUGCUUGCCCCCUUCAUUGGCACUCGCGCUCUGUCCAUUGACCUGAAUAAUUGCUUUCAUAUAACGGAUGAAGGAUUCGGGGCUCUAUGGCGCAGCUGCGGUAAGAAUGUUAAGAAGUGGAAGAUGAAAUCAGUUUGGGACGUUUCAGCGAACCAAAUUUUGGAAAUGAGCGAGAACGCAAAGGGAUUAGAAGAAGUUGACUGGAGCAACUGCCGCAAGGUCGGUGAUAACCUUCUAGGCCGCGUUGUUGGCUGGGUUGUACCUGAUCCUCCACCUUCGAAAUCGGUCGUUAUCUCAAGUUCUGCAGCUCGAUCGCGAAGCAAGCAGCAGCAACAAAAGCACGCGGCACAGCAUGUUCUGCCGCCGGGUACAGUGGUUGGGUGCCCGAAACUCAAACGCCUCAACCUCUCCUAUUGCAAGCAUAUCACAGAUCGUUCCAUGGCUCAUUUAGCAGCACAUGCUUCGAACCGUAUCGAGUCGCUGUCUCUCACACGUUGCACAUCGAUCACAGAUGCAGGGUUUCAAUCAUGGGCACCUUUCCGGUUUGAAAAGCUAUCAAGGCUGUGUCUAGCUGAUUGCACAUAUCUCUCGGACAACGCUGUCGUUGCUCUGGUCAACUCAGCCAAGAACCUUACACAUCUGGACCUAUCGUUCUGCUGUGCACUCUCUGACACGGCAACAGAGGUUGUCGCUCUCCGUCUGCCAAAAUUGCGGGAGCUGCGAUUGGCGUUCUGCGGAAGUGCGGUUAGCGAUGGAAGUUUGGAAAGCGUGGCGCUCCAUUUGAACGAUUUGGAAGCGCUCAGUGUUCGUGGCUGCGUGCGUGUCACUGGCCGAGGCGUCGAAAAUGUCCUCAACGGUUGCGGGCGACUGAACUGGAUGGAUGUCAGUCAAUGUCGUAACCUGGAGUCUUGGAUCCGAGCCGGUGGUGUUUCGAAUUGGGGGUUUGAUGACCGCGUAGGUCAACGUUCUACGGAGCCCACGUCAAGCGAAACCUCUGGACAGGGACAGUCAGAAGAUGAUAGUCCCGCGCCCAAGGCCAUGAGCGUUGCCAUGCUCACAUCGCAGAACUUUAUGCCACGAUCUGCGUUUGGAUACAGAGCCAAGAGAGCACGACGACCGGUGCGGUUCGUCAUCGAGAAAGGAUUUGGAAGUUUACGAUAAAGAAAGGCCGGCGUCUUGGAGGACAUUUUGAGGAAAUGAUUGGGAAAUGAGUAGGAACGGAAAGCAUUGGAUCUAUGUUUCGCAGCAUGGCGUCAAAGUUGUGGAGCAUUUGCCAUUACUACAUAUCAAGUCUGGUGCGAAGUAACGCGCAUUCGGAUGGAGAAAGCAUGAUGCAACGGGGUGAAUGUUGGGUGAAAGGAUGCUUAGUAGAUACCCUUGAUGGAGGUGUUAAUGCCCUUCAUAAUAAUACAGUAAUUGAAAAGAGACAGCCGAAAAUAGGAGAGGCUAGAAAGAAAGAAGCUAACGUCAACGUAU